AUGGGCGCCCUCGACAUUGAGACACUCGUCCCGGCCAUCGUUGCCGCCGACUUCAAGACCCUCGAGCCGCACCUGCUUACUCUCGAGAAGCACCUGACCCUUCGCACCUACAUCGCCGGCUACGACCUCUCCGACGCCGACAAGAAAGUCUGGUCGGCCCUCCGGAACAACAAGGUAGCCAUUGGGCUGAUCCGAAAGGGUCAGUUCGCGAGCGUGACGAGAUGGUUCAACCACAUUGAACAGGCGCAUCCCGAGGUCAAGGAGGAGGCCGUACCCAAGCCUAACAAGAACAAGGGUGGAGCCAACUACAACAUUCCUCUCCCUAAUGCCGAGAAUGGCGUUGUCACUCGCUUCCCACCCGAGCCCUCAGGCUACAUGCACAUCGGCCACACAAAGGCUGCCCUUCUCAACGACUACUUUGCCAACGAGGCCUUUGACGGCAAGAUGAUCCUCCGUUUCGACGACACCAACCCGAGCAAGGAGAAGCAGGAGUACCAGGACUCCAUCGUGGAGGACACCAAGAACCUCGGCGUCAAGAUCGAUCGCAUCACCCACACGAGUGAUUACUUCAAGGAGAUCUACGAGCAUGCCGAGAAGCUCAUCAAGAGCGGCAACGCCUACGCAGAUGACACGGAGCCCGAGAUCCAGAAGGAGGACCGCAUGAACCGCCGAGCGAGCAAGUGCCGUGACCGUCCUGCCGAGGAGUCGCUGGCGAUGCUGGAGGAGAUGAAGAAUGGAACCGACCUGGGAAGGAAACACUGCAUCCGCGCCCGUAUCCAGUUCGACUCAAGCAACGGUGCCAUGCGUGACCCCAUCAUCUACCGCUUCCCCAACUGGGCGGACAAGGAGCCCGCACCUCACCACCGCACUGGAUGGGAGUGGAACAUUUACCCGACCUAUGACUUUGCCUGCCCCAUCGUCGACAGCCUCGAGGGUGUCACCCAUGCUCUGCGCACGACGGAGUACGCCGACCGCAAUGAGCAGUACCACUGGUUCCUGAACGCGCUUGACAUCCGUCGCGUCAACCUCUGGGAGUUCUCCCGCAUCAACUUCAUCCGGACAUUCCUCUCAAAGCGCAAGCUUUCCAAGGUUGUCGACAGCGGCAAGGUCAGCGGCUGGGACGACCCCCGCAUGCCCACCGUCCGCGGUAUCCUCCGCCGUGGACUGACGACUGCGGCUCUGCGCGAGUUCAUGGUCAAGCAAGGCCCUUCCCGCAACAUUGUCAACAUGGAUUGGCACGCUCUGUGGGCCAUCAACAAGCGCAUCCUCGACCCUGUCGUGCCGCGUUUCACCGCGAUCGAGAAGCAGGAUGCUAUCCUGGCCACACUGACCGGUGGACCUGAGGCUCCUUACUACGAGGAUCGCCCCCGUCACCAGAAGAACCCUGAUGUCGGUACCAAGCCUGUGCGCUUCAGCAGCAAGGUCUGGCUCGAACAGGUUGACGUACUGACCCUUGCCCCUGAGGAGGAGUUCACCCUCAUGCAGUGGGGCAACGCCAUUGUCAAGGGUCUCGACAAGGCGUCGGCACCCAUCAAGGAGCUGCAGCUGCAACUGCACCUCGAGGGUGACUUCAAGAAGACGGAGAAGAAGAUCACAUGGCUGUCGGAGAACCCUGACCUGCUGGAGGUUGAGCUGUGGGACUUUGACUACCUCAUCACCAAGGAUUCGCUGGAUCCCGAGGACAACCUGGACGAUUUCCUGAACCCCAAGACGGAAUCCAUGAGCCUCGCGCUCUGCGACCCCACCGUCAAGGAGCUCAAGGCUGGCGAGUUUCUGCAGCUCGAGAGGAAGGGCUAUUUCCGUGUCGACAAGGCGGCGGGCGAGGGCCCUGAGGGACGGGCUGUUUUGUUCAAGGUGCCGGCUGGCGGGAAGUGA